AAUGAUUACCAGUCAACGAGUUAAUUAUUAAUCAAUUGAUUAACUCAACUGAACGCCUACCGAUGGAUAAUUAACUUAAUCACUCUGUUAAUUUUUCAGUGAAUAAUGUGAAAAUCUAAUUGCAAUUAAUUUAAUUGCUACAAUGAAAAAAUCAUUCCAACAAUUAAUCUUAUUGCUUACUCUUCAUCUCGUUUCAAUCAUCAAAGGACAAACAAUUAAUCAAAAUGCCACAUCAAGUGAUAGUUCAUCAUUUGCAAACAGUUCAACCUUUCCAACGGAUCAGAUUAACGAUUCAACUGAUUUACCUGAUAAAACAAAUUGGAUUAAAUUGUUUCAAUUGUUAACAUCACAAUUAACAUAUGAUUUAAUUGUUUAUAUUUGUCUAAAGAUCAACAAUGGAUUUGUUACAUUACCUUUAGCAAUCGGAUUUACUGGAUUAACGAUCGGAUUAAUUGCUUUAAUUGUUGCUUUUCAUGCUAAUUGGAAAGUAGCUAAAUAUGAAUUUAAAUCAGCUGAAAGACGACGAAGAGAACGAGAGAUUGAAGAAGUUCAUUUAAAGAUCUACGAACAAGUAAUUUACGGAGAUCGAUACGAACUUAAUUGUUCUGGACGAUCAAUUGAUAAACUAAUUCGCAAUUAAAUUAAUCCAAAUUCUACAGGAUAGAUUAAUGAUUAUCUUCACCAUUGAAUCAAUACAAUCAUUUCUUUCGUAAUUUGCUAAAAAUAGAAGUCAAAACAAAACAAAA